AGAGAGAGAACGAGUGGUGGGACCGGGCAACGUAGUGGGGACACAGUCGAGCGCGGUAAAUACAAGUGCAACUCGCGAGCGGAGCAGUCAGGCCGAGGCUCUCGGUCAUCUCGCUUCUUGAGAGAGACACACAGCCAUACUCGUGUAUACAUUACACUAUCCGGCGAAAGAUCGCGUGUGUGAAGAAGACAACAUGCAGCAGUGACCGUAGCUACGCGAGAGGAUUGACAAGUUGUUGUUGCUUCGUUUCUCCUCAGCACACGGAAGAGUUUUAUUCGCCGAGACGAUCGACCAAAGCACCAGCCAAAAAUAAGAAUGAAGUUCCUGCUGACCUUGAGCUUUCUCGCGCUGGCCGCGGUGAGCCACGCGCAGUUCAUCUAUCCUGAUGAAUUCGAGUCGUUGAGAGAAGAGGAGGCGAGGCGACAGAGCACAGCAGGUGGAUUGCAUCUGCCGAUGUUCGAGCCUACGGUGCAGAACAUCAACGAUGUCGAGUCGGCGCCUUACUACCCUCCGCCCUUGGCUCAAAGCGGUUUCCAACAACAGGACCAACCGGAUUCGAGACCACCCGCGGCUUCUCCACCCGUCAGAGUCAAUGGAAAGCCGACUAAUAAUCCUUUCGAUACGUUCUUACCGCCUAGGUGGAGGGAUCAUGUGAUCAACAUCAUCUCACGAGGCGUGACCAAGUUUACCCUGGACAUGGACCACGCGAUCGAGAAGUCGAGUCCAGCCAACAGCCGCGAGAACCUCCUCUUCUCGCCGGUGAGUCUCACGUUGACCCUAGCCAUGGUGAUGCUUGCCUCCAACGGAAAGACCUUCGAGGAAGUCACCAAGAUCCUGGGACUCAAGUCCGGAGUCGAUAUCUCCCAUCAUUCCGAGAUCGUUCACCAGAUCUUCGGUCUCCUCAUCCAGCAGUCCGAGCAGAUGCAGCUGCUCGACCCCACAGCGCCCCAGUGCAAACUUGCUUUCGGUAUCUUCGUUGAGGACGGAUACCCAGUGCGCGAGCAGUUCAAAGCAGUGAGCGAGAAGGUCUACAAGAGCGAGGUCAUUAGCGUGGACUUUUCGCACCACAACAGACAGGCCCAGAGCGUCAUCAACGACUGGGUGAGCAACAAGACCAACCACAAGAUCAAGAACAUGCUGUACGAGCCGCCGAGCCCCCUUACCGACGUCAUCAUCACCUCGGCCCUGUACUUCAGCGGCGAGUGGGAACAGCACUUUAUGGAGGGAAGCACCAAGAGGAAACCUUUUACGAUUGAGAACGGCGAGACUGUAUACGUCGACAUGAUGUACAACGGAGGCUACUUUCCGUUCUACGAGGACAAGCAGCUGGGCGUCAAAAUCAUCGGUUUUCCCUACAAAGGCCACGAGGUGACGAUGUACGCCAUCCUACCGAAUAACCCGGGUGCGGCCGCCCUCAGGGAGAUGAAGCACCGACUCACCCCCGAGAUCAUCGAAAACCUGAUCGCUAAUAUGAAGAACAGCUCGUGCAUUCUAAGCUACCCUAAGAUGAAGCUCUCCAGCACCCUGAAGCUCCAGAGCGCUCUGGAGGCCUUAGGGCUGAGCUCGCUUUUCAAUCCGUAUACUGCCGAUCUGAGCGUCCUGUCCCCGGGUCGUGCUGGCUUCAACCGCACCCAACCACCUCCACCACCCUCCGCUCCCAGCCGAGCCCCGACCACCGGCUUCAACGGCGGCUUCCGUCAACCCACCAAAACGCUACACUCGGACUUUACGUUCGAGCCACGCUUCCACGGCGCGCGCAACAAUAUGUACAGGUAUGAGGAUCGCACUGGCGGUUACAGAGUCGAGCAGUGGGACACAGGUUAUAAUCUGCACAAAAUUCGUGACAACAGGCGAGCCAAACGACAGAGUCGACCGAUCGACCAGGAUUUCGUCGACUUCCUCAACUCGCAAAAGCUGCCGACCUUCGGUGUCGACGAGCUGCGCAACAGCGCCGGUAUCAGUAAUCCCGGUCUCUACGCCGACGACGUCAUUCACAAGGUCGAGAUGACGGUGAACGAGAAGGGUACCGAGGCUGCCGCCGCCACUUCUGUUAUCCUCGACAGGAGCGGAGACUACAAGAGGUUCAUCGCUAACAGGCCGUUCGUCUUCUUCAUCAGGCACGAUCUGGCCAAGGCGAUAUGGUUCUGGGGCACGAUGAACAGACCCACACCGUUCUACGAGACUCCCUAGGCGUGGACGUAGUGGUACAACGCACGACUACGACGACUUGUGAUUCUGUGGCAUUUCUUUUUACAUAUAUACGUUGUACUUUGUGACUUACAUACGCACAUAUUACACAGGCGAGACGACAUAUCCGGUUCUAGCGAAGAGAGCGCGUUUUUACAAUUUUUUUUGCGAGGCGCUGCGUGAGUGAAUUGUCCAGAUGCGACAAUGCUACUAUAACACUUAAAGAGGCUUGAAUUUUAUUCUUAAGAGUUUCAUUUAUUUUUUAUUUAAAUAGUAUACGUCGAGCAAAAUCGGCUGCUUUACGCGUUUUCCGAUAUAUUUAAUAGGUAUGAGUGCAAUCUCUUUAAAGUUAUAAUAACAGCAUGUAUCGAGAUACGGACGAAGCUAUGAUUUGUUACAGUUUUAUAGGCAUAUACUCUGUGUUACACUGCAGAAACUACAUACACACAAAUGCAUGUCAUACUCUGGAAAGCAACGAAACAGAGGAACUAAUCGAAAAGUAUUAAUUCAUUUUUAUCGAUUGUAUUGCGUGUCAUGUUUCACAGAGGCAGCCGUUACAAAGCAAUUGCGUUACUUUUGACAAGGCAUUCGAAAGUAAUUAUUUCAAAAUAGUCAGUAUGUAUUUAAUAAUAAUAUUAAUAAAGUUAAUACUCAACGUAUAAUAAUCA